GUUGAAGUCACUGCAGGGUUUACCAUAUCACAAUAUCUUCCGCCUGGUGUAUUUAUGCGAUUCAGCGUGUUGUGUCAUAGACAUGAGCCGGACGAAUACGAUCACUGGCAGAACGGUUUCUACAUGAAGUUUGACGAUGUUGUAAUACAUAGCAGUGUCUUGUUAACGCACAAGUGUGGGACAUUGAAAGUAGCCGCUAGAGCACCUAAAAACCAACGCGAUACUUUGUGGAGGAUUUUACUCAUUCUAUUACAGGUACAUUUACUUUCAUUCCGAAGAUUAGUGGUGGAUAUGGUUAGCGCGUUGUGUCUUUCCCCUUAUUUACAGCCAAAAAUCUCAAAACGAUGUGUUCGUGUUUUAUCAAGUUGCCACAAGGUUGUCACUGCAGGUCAAUUGCAGGUCAACAACCUUGUGGCGAGUUGUCAACAAGCUGGGAACAAGCAGCGCGAACACAUCAUGUUGACAAGUUGCUGGAACUGCAUUGUUCCAAUUCUGCUGCAGGUUUGUUACAACUUGUGCGUUUUCACGCUUGUCUUAGGCCCGGUUUAGACGGCGACCUUUUCAUGCGCCGAAUCUAAUUGUCGUAGAUACGGCAAAAUAUCGGAAACUGAUUUAGACGUCGAACUUAAUUGUACCGUACCAAAUUGCGAGGACACUAUAUUGGACAUAUUUACAAUGCUAAUAUAUGAUAAUCAUAUUAUAAUGUUAAAAAAUGAUUAUGCAUUAGGUUGGGCGCAUGUAAAGCACAGCGUCUAAAUCACUGUCGAACCUAUGUCGCAUAUACGACUUGUCUUGUCGCAUCUUCGAGUCAUGUCGAACUUAAUCAAAGCCUGCCGAACUUAAUUGAUGUAGACGCCGCUCCAGCGUCGCACUUAAUCAUUACAUUAGACCACAAGACAAAAUAUUGUCACCCAAACUAGAAUAUAUUCAAACAAAUAUUUUUCAGUCAAGUUAGUUAUCAUCGCCAGAACAAGAAUACUAAAGCAACUGGUACCAAAGAAAAGAGUUUUGACGCACUUGCGUAUUAAACACAGGGCGCAUUAAACACACGUUCUUCCGAGCACUUUCUUUGUCUGGGCAUGGAAAUGAAUAUGCACUAAGGUAGACUGCGAGCAAUCCCUGCGAGGAACUGCAGACAACGCAUCAAGAAACGAAAUACACGUUGUCCACACAACGCAAAAUUCCGAUUGGUUGAUAUAGUUGAUUGACAGAUUUUUUUUUGAAAAAGUUUAUUAAUUUAAAUGUAUUGUUUUUGAAAUUUUAAAGUCAACCGUCAAAUUAUGUCAUAUAAAUUAAAUCCCAAAAGUCUCAAUGGCGACAUAGCUUAGCAACUGGAUCUGGUCCAUAAAGUUAAAAUGGCGCGGCAUGGCGUAACGGCCGGGCCUGGCGCUAGGUGUGGCGACGGUAUACUGAUGUCAACCUAUGGAGGAAUAUUUAUGGAGGCAUAGUCUGUACCCGAGUGAAUGCAGUUGGGAUGCGGUCUGGGGGUUUUAGUUACUUGGAGUGGUGAAAUUUUGGGGAAAUAUCACUAUGGUGGUCAGGUCCCAAAUGGACAGGUUCACGUGAUUCGGACCUGUAUUUUUGCUUGUAAAACGUAAACGUCAUCGUUUUAUUGCAUGUAAACGUGUAAUUUUUACUUUUAUAACAAUACGCUACGCGCUAUAAAUAGUUACUUGGUUACAACGCCAAAAUAAUUAUAUUGGAGCUAAGGAGCGGUGCGAAAAACAAGGCCGGAUUUUGGUAGAAAUGGUGAGGGAGAUGGGAAAACAAUUGGGGGAGGUGCUGUGGUCUAGUUCACGGCCCUCAAAGAACGUACAGGAAAGCCAACUACGUGACGUAUACAUGUACUGUACAUAAUUAUGUAUCAGUGUAUUUAUGAACUUUCCAAGGGGAGGUGCAUGACUUUUCAUAACAGGUGCAAAAAAUUUCAGGAGAGGUGUAAAAUAAUCUUAAGGGAGGUGCGCGCUUCUCCACACCUUCCCCCGAAAAGUGGGCGUAUUUCGUUUGAUGAUGUGUUGUCCGCAGCCCCUUCAUUCCUUCCAAGGAGGGACUGCUCGCAGUCUAGCACCUUAAGGUGAUGCAAAUGUAAGCGAAAUCGCAGGGCGGUAGGUUUGAUUCCUGCCAAAGGGCCUAUACUUUCAUUUUUCGCAACUGAUUCUGGUUUAUAGGUCUAAUAAAUGUACAAAAUUUAUACUCGAAAUUUCCAUGAACAAUACCCUUCAACAACUACAAUAAUGGAAAAAUUUCCGUGGACACUGUCACAAUGAGGCGUAAACUAAAGUAUUACUGUUGGUAUUUACUGUUUUUGUUUUCCCGCUCCCCCCUACUAUGUUGGUCUUGACAUGCAUUUCGCAAAGCUUUCACCUAACCAAUGUAUAAGCUUUCAACAUUGAACCGGGGAGGAGGGGGGAAGUUCAACCUCGUUCCCAGGCUCUUUGCUCUUGUGAAGCAAAGACCCUGGUCGGGGCUGGUCACGUGACCCCGCAGAUUCUGCGUGGUAAAUUGAAAUGAUCUCAGGGAGGGGUGGUAGAGGAGUCUGUUUGUUGCGUUUGGAAAAUUGCAAUUUUAUGUGUUAUAGUUUCGGGUGAUAAAAAUGUAAUUUGCAACAAGAAAUCGUGAAAGGAACAGUUUUAAAUUCGUAUUCAUCAUGACACAACUUCCUGCUAUACUGAAUGUCAUCAAUAAUAAGUGUUGCGGUACAUUUCAAGCGAGAAGCUGGAUCAUAUUUCACUUCCAAGGACUCCACACGCGCCUGGCUUGCGAAGUUGAGCACGCAUCGCCGUAGAAACAUAUAUGUCUUCCCAAUUCUAUACCGACUGAUCGAUCAAACGAUACUAAAUGAACGAUAUGAUUGUUUAUGGUUGAAGUGUUUCCUGUCCGAUAUUCAACAAAGCCAAAGAAUUUAUUUUAUAAUGGAAGAUUUCCCAAACAUCGCUAACUGUGUGUAAACAAUAGUGCUUUCUUGACUGUGAAAGCACAGGAUUAAAACCCGUUAUGGACUGUAAAAUGUCAUUUACAUUGCUGAAACUCAACGAUCAAGAAUGAUCAGUAUGUCGAAGACUCGAAGUAUAGCUAUCUGUCAUCAGACGAACACCAAGACUCCACUGUGCGUUUCCGUGCGUGCGGUACAUAUAACUUGAAUAUUUAGGACGAUAUAUGCACCAGACACUGGUAUUGUACUUCAUAGUAAAUUAUUUCAUAUUUUGUGUAUUACAGUAAUUUACAACAAUUUAUAAACCUUAUAAUAGCAUAGUUGCCCGGGUUUCUUUUGUUUCAACAGGGUCGAUUACUAACUAAUCGCCCGCUGUAGCGGGCGAUUAGUUCUAAUCGCCCGCUAGAGCGGGCGAUUAGAACUAAUCGCCCGUUACCAAGGGUCACACCUUUGUCUCCCUGACGACUACGCAUUAGGCAAGUGCCUCACGCACAUAAUCGUGCAAGGAACAGCAACAGUUAGCUCAGAGCCGUCAAUAGUCUAUCAUCCGAUCCCUGAGUUGCCGCAUCAUUUAAAUUACGUUCGUGCAGUCUCCAAUUUUAUACUAAUAUAUUUAGCGUUUUUGUUGUGGUACGUUAAAUGAUAGAUUGCGCAUGCGUAACCGAUUAAAGCGUAAAAAGUGCGCAUGUGCAACAAGCUUUUACAUCCCACAAGCAAUGAAGCAAAUGUUUUAGCUUAAAUACGCUGAUUCCAAGUAGGGCAUGUUUGUCCAUUUUUAAAUGGGAGCGAAACUAUGCUAUUACAAACUAAUAGCAUGGCUUUUCGGGAGAUUAGUGAUUAAAUGACCCCUUACCCUCGGCAGGUUUGCGGAAUUCCCUCGGGCUUCGCCCUCGGGAAUUCCGCAAACCUGCCUCGGGUUACGGGGCCAUUUAAUCACUAAUCUCCCUCAAGCCAUGCUAUUACUUAUAAUAAAGACCUUUCAUUCCAUUGCCCAUUCAGUGCUUUAGGCCAUAUAAAAUAAAUUCCUUGAAUCUCAUCGCUAAAUUUUAAAAACUCCCAGGAGGCGGGAGGUUUAUAUUUUAUAUUUUAUGUCAAAAUAUAAAAAAAAGUUUAAAAUUUAAAAAAUUGGAGAGGGAGGUCUUUUUAUAUUUGCCCUUAAAUAUAUCAUAGAAGAACGCUAUAUAAGUGGAUAAUUGCACAUGCGCUAAUGAACAUGCAUAAGGGUCCACACAAAUCGUUGUAAUAAGGCUGUAAGCCCAUUUUUUCCUUCAGUAUUCCAAGCAUCCCUUAACAUGUUGCAAUGUUAACGAUAAAACAAUUUUAUAUCGCAAAAAUUCCAAUAUAAAAUAUAAAAAUAACUAAAUCUCUGAAGAUGCUCGGUCGGGCGGUAAAUUUAUAUUUUAUAACAAAAUACAAAAAUAUAUCAACGCGGAAACCAAAAUAUCGUCGGGCGGUGAUGAGAAUCAAGGAAUUUAUUUUAUAUGGCCUUAUAUUUGAAGAAUAACCCGACAGCUUCUUUCGACUUGUAUAAUGCUGCUGUGAGUCAUCAAUAUUUAUCAACUUUAAAUAAUCUUUAUCGUAUACGGUAUAAAUGACAUUUUAGCAGUUUCACCAAACCAUACUAGAGGCAAACAACCUAUCUAUCAAUGGAAACUUUAAAAAAGCUUAUUAUUAAAACUCAUUAAUGAAGUAAUUCUAUGAGCUGGACUUCGUGCGCAUAUAUACAGUUUAUGAAUUAUGUAUACAUAUAUAUCCCUGAUAAAACGUAGGAACACUUUAUACCAGAUAUAAUAAAAAAUACUUUGCUAAACCUUUUCGGCUAUCAUUCCUUUGCAUUCAAGGGGCGAGGGUCAAUGGCUAUAUAAUUCAUAUCGGAGAUUCUGUGCAAUCUGAUUUUGGCUUCAACAAACAGGUACUCGUGCAGACAAAAAAGGAAAUGCAUACAGUUGUGAAUUGUCGUAUAAUUCUUUACUGUUGAUCCCAAACAAUUUUGUACAUAUAUGUACGUUAACACUCCUUCCUACCUUGUGUUGAAUAUAAACGAUGAUAACCUUUUUAAAAAAAAUCUAGAGCACUAUGUCUAUAAACCAUUUUAGAAUCAAUAGAAUGGACAUUCAAUGUCUAUUAGGCUAGUGUCCAAAUAUGUAACGUUUGCUGUAGGACCAGAAAGGCGCAGCGCCUACGACCUACACAGUCGCUUUUGAGACCUCUAUUUAACAAAAUUUAUACCGUUUCCAUAUGACAACAAUUCAAUGGCACAUUAUAAGAAUAUUAUACGUUUCUGAACCAGAGCCAGAUACAGAAACGUACGCGUGAAAUGAAACUGCGGUCGAACCCCGCGAGACAAUAAUAAAAGGGCAAAUAUUUCCAAGCAUAUACGAUCAUACGUUUUCGUUGCUUGAUUUUCUGACUUGUUUGUUGCUAUAAGAAUCUACAGUUUAGCAUGUAUAAUUUAAAAGCAAACAGAAACCAAUUUAGCAAGUAUUUUGAAGUAUAUAUGAUUCUCAAAGAUGAUUGUAUAGAACGGCCACUCCUUGCAAUCGAAGUGUGAGGUGCGGAAGUGGAAACAUGUAAUUUGAUACUUUUCCAUCCCCCUCUUAGGUUAUCAAUUUUCUAUGGGUCACGUGACCAGCCCCGACCAGGGUCUUUGCUUCACAAGAGCAAAGAGCCUGGGAACGAGGUUGGGGGGAAGUUAAGCAUUGCUGUUUUGCACGUAUAUAUUGACCAAGGAUGGUAUUUCUAUUUCCGCGCGCGCUGUCCACAAUAAUUUUGCCAGGAUUGUUGUUCUAUCUAGUGAGAUGCCCAAUUUUUUUUAUCAAAUUUUUUUAGGAAAUUAUAAUGUUGUUAAAGGAAUGGCCUGGCUUGAAUUAUGUGCCAUUUACCGUUUGUCCACAUUGUAUUAAAAAUGGCACCGCUCAGCCGCAUCAUUUCACGUGUAACUGGUUCAAUGUUCAUCAGAGCUCAAAACGGAGAGCAACAUGUAAGACUGAUGGUAGCUCACAUGAAGUUCAACUGGAUCUCCUAUUUCCAUCGAAAGGUAUAGUUGAAAAGGCAGGCACGGCUGGCGAAUGCGGUUAGCGAGACUGACCUGAUAAAGGGAUUAUUAAAUGUGUCAAAUUCAUUAGGAAUCAAAUUCUUAGGUUUUGCCAGCCCAAGUGUCUUCCCUCACCACUUGAAAUGAGUACCGGAAAGCUGGCAUACCUAAUAACCACAAACCGUGGCUACAAGGUAUGCCGAAAUCAGGGGUACUUUUAUAGCCACAAAACCGUGGCUAUAAGCUAUGCAGAAAUCUGGGGUAGUUUAUAGCCACAAACCGUAAUUGAUGACAUGCUGUUAUUUUUCAGAUGUGUUGAAUGAGUACCGAAAGUCUGUUGUGAUACAUUUAAAUGAAAUUCCUGAUUGUAUUUUGAAAGAUGGUGAGUUAAUGCAAUAUAGUUCCUCAUAUAAUGUUAACUAAAUACGAGUAUACAACGACUAGAAUGAGUGUUGGUGGUCGAUGCAUGGAAAACGUUUCCUGCAAUUGUGCAUUAAUUAUCGAAUAGAAUUUAUCCUAAAUGAUAUGUGAUUGCUAUUAAACGGGCUUUUUUGGACUGCAGUUUUCUUUUUCUUUCUUUUGGGAGAAUUGUAAUUGUGCAGUGAUCCGAAAGUCCGAACGGUGAAAGGCGAUUUGCACUUUAUAAAAAGAAUGCAAAUUUGUAAGGAUUUUAUCUAGAGUGUUACUCCCCCGAGUUGGAAAAUUAAUUAACUGUUUAAGCUUAAAUUGUCGUACAAUAGGUGAGGUGUUAAAAUGAUUGAAGUCGCCUGUCAAUAUGAUACCACAGUUGGGAAAAUGUCCUUCGAAAGAGGAAAGACAGUCAGUGAGAUACUCCGACAUAAUAUGGUUAUUAGAAUAGAAUUGGGAGGGUGGUAGAUUAUUCCAACAAUAAUGCAUGAGAUUGUCCGCGGUAGACGUCUUGGUCGUAUUUUGAUCCAAAUUACUUCCAAAUUGGAAGAUUGCAUCUUGACUAAAUGCUUAAAAUGAAUAUUUUGGUGGACAAAGACACAAACUCCGCCAUGUGAACUAUUUUCACGGUCUUUACGUACUACAUUGUAAUCAGGAAUUUGGAUAAUAUUGUCCAAUAUAGUGUUGCGUAGCCAAGUUUCUGUGAUACAUAACAAGUCAAGGUCCGCUUGCUUAACAAAGGAACUAAUUUCGUCAAUCUUAGGAGCCAAAGACAUAACGUUCGUCAGCAUUAGGCUUGGGACAAACUGCAGAGAAACUCCGUGUUCACGGUUAAUGUUUUGGCUUUGGCAUUUAAUAUAAAUAAAAUUCUUCAGAUUUACACCUUUUUGAACGCUAGUCAUAUUAUGAUAAUACGGCAGUGACAAAACAGAGGAAACGCUUGAUUGAGUGGACUGUUCGUAGUACACGAAUUCGGUUGUCGUAUUUCGCAUUGCUACAAGUCUGCUGCAGAUUUGUUACAAAUUGUGCGUUUUUACGUGUGUAGUACUGUAACUCAUGAUCAUUGCACACGUACUGUAGAACUGAUUAGAACUGAUAAAGCUACCCACCACAAAUAAAUCCCACAAAUAUUGCCCCUCCCCCCCCCCCUCUGGGCGGCCCUGUAUUGAGUUAAACAUUGUCUUUUAGAUCUGCUGGACGAGAUUGCAGACCAACUAGGCACAAGAUGGCCGCGGUUAGCCCGCAAGCUGGAUCUUUCGGCCAGUGUAGGCAGUAUCAAGGAGGAUCACCGUGGUGAUACCCACGAACAGGCUGUGGAGAUGCUUACAAAUUGGAAAUUAAGACUUGGCAAAGAUGCGAAAAUUGAAAUAAUCGUUGAAGCUUUGAGAGAAAUCAGUUUUAAUGGCAUUGCUGAUUUCAUCGUAAGUCGGUAUCAAGCUGUAGUGCCUGUGGAGAAUUCUACCAAAUGUUUCCAAAUGAAAUUGAUACGAAGUCUAUUGACAAUUGAGAACAAAGACCCAAUUUCUGAUAUCCCAGAAUAUAGUUUUUCGGUUAUCGAAGGUAGUAGGCAAACGUUUGAUAACAGGUAAAUUUAUUUCUUAAACCAUAAGUCCAAGGUAUUUGCAAUUAUAAGGCCUAUGGUUGUGUUGUGGGAACAUUUAGCCACUUUUUACAGUGGCGGAGUAACCUACUUAAUGCAUGCAGAGAAGGGUAUGUAUUCCAGUAGCGAAUAACAAAAGAACGAAAGAAGUCUUUUAUUGGUAAGCUUUUUAAUUGCAUAAAUUGGUUUCCAUAAAAGUCAAACGUUAAGUCAAAAAGAAGUAUUUAAAUGAUCUAUCAUGACCAUCAAUCAUUUUAGAUAAUCAUUGAUGGUAAUCAUUGAUGGUCAUAAUAGAACCAUUUAAAUGCUUCUAUUUGACUUAACGUUUGACUUUUGCACCAUGCACUCCAAAUCAUUGCGACCGAAUACAUUAAAUCCCCCCCUCCCUAAUUUUUUCAAUAUUUUAAAUUACCAUAUUGUAGUAAUUUAAAAUAUUGAGAAAUUAGGGGGGGGGGGGGGGAGGGAAUUUAAUGUAUUCGGUCGCAAUGAUUUGGAUUGCAUGGUGCAGCUUAAGCUUUUCGUAUAGAAACUGCUAUGGCUUGCGGCUAUUCUUAAUUAACCCAUUCUCUAGUCAUCGCAAAAAACUGCUCGCAUUGAACGUUUGCAUCUCAACAAAAAUAACUUGUAAUCUCCAUAUUGAUUCGUCAAUCUUAUAUUUGGAGAUUUCUACCCAUAAACUACAGCAUUCCUAAUCCUUGGAAUUUAAACUUCAAAUAUAUCCCUUAUCCUUGUGACUUGAUCAUUUUUAAUGCAGAGGUCAUGUGACCACUGUUGUGAGGACUCAAACUUCAAUCGAGUGAGCAAUCAAGACAUGGAUAGAUAGAGUAAACAGGGGGGGGGGCUUCAAAAUAUGUUCUUCGGCUAUUAGGUUUCAUAGAGCUUUGCCACGUUCGGUUAGCAUAAUUAUUCAUAGGUGAUUAAAAUUAUUAUUAUUAGCAUGAUUCUGCGCCUGUGCCAGAAGUUGCGUUGCAAGUUACAGUAAAAUUCGCCCAGUGUAAUAUGGCCGUUAUGGCUUGUUUAUCAUUACGCCUUUGUUAUCUGACCUCUGCACUAGUCUAUCCUUGGGGUCUCUGAGUUACUCAACAGGCUUUACUGCAUGAAAUUUUUAAUUGUACCCGAUAAAGUCGAGCACAGCUGACUGUACAAAGUGUGAAGAAGAUGAAGUUAACAAGUUUGUUUGUGUGUGGUUCUUAAUUCGUCCGGUGUCGUUAUUUUACACGUUCUCUUCAAUGAGAUGUAACUGCUUGCAGUGAUCUACGAGUUCUUUGUAUACAGGCUGUAAAACGAGCUUUAUGUGAAGAUAGAUAGAUCCUGUAGUUAUACUGCUUAAAUUAAUAACUAUUCCCCUGCGUUUGCACGUGGAUCAUUAAUAAGUUUUGUGAACUACGGUAUAUAUGAUCAUUCCGUUAUUGUUCAUUUAGCAUUACCAUUGACCAGGAAGGUGGAUGCUUUAAACUUCCUAUAGCAAGAGCCUUCCUCAUAUUUCCGCCACAAGCUGUCGACGAGCAAGUAACUCUAACGUAUAGCCGAGUGAGGCAUAAAGAAUGUGAGGUAAAGCGAAGAGACGGAGAAGUUUUCGUAAGUCGGAUCCUUAAAAUGGGACCAGCAGACGUCAUGUUUAAGAAACCAGUGACGGUUCUUUUAUCCCACUCGGCGUAUGAAAACCAGGUUUUGCUGGAUUUUUAUGAACUGCUCGUUGUAAAUUUAAGCCCAAUUGGUUGCCAGGAGUUAAAGACGGAACGAAUAAGCUCCAUUGAAGGUACUGCUAAUUAUUUCAAACACUGUUGUUAGGUUAUCUGGUCAAAAUGCAUGUGUAAAAAGCAUCAAAGCCUCAAAAAAAGAGAAUGCGACACCGUAUUACAAUCUUUAAGGAAAUUUGAACAAUUUGUGAACAAUUUACAAGAGAGAAUGCGAGACCGUAUUACAAUCAUUUCGGAUGUUAGAACAAUUGCCCCCUAUUCCUUCACGACAAAAAUAGUAGUGUGUAAUGAUUUUCCGCGUUUCGGAAAAACCAACCCCUCCCCUCUCUGUUAAUCUCCCUUUCCCCUUUCUGAAAUUAUUCAAGAUUUAUGGCAGCCACAUUCAUUUUUUAGAUGCUCCAAAAGAAAUAUCUAAUAAAGAUAUCCUGAACGAUUGCUUGCCGUUUGCCAAAGCAACAAUACACGAGACUUGUACCUUAGUUGUUGUAACACGAGUCAAGUCUGACCAGAUUUCGAUACCAACAAACAAAAGUUAUGCCUUUUCUAAGCAGUAUGGAGAGAAUGCAGAACUAAAGAUCACAUUUCCGGCUGGUGUCACGAAAGAGAUACUAAAUUUAACAGUUCAGGUAAUGUUUUCUUCCUUAUGAAUUAAUGUCUUCACAAUUUAGCGUUGCCUGUUUGCUUCCAGUGUAGGUAAGAAUAUGUAUGCGAGCUUGGUUGAAGGUUUCAACAACUAUAAAUAUGGGCAUUUUCCUCUUUUCCUUCUGUGUUAGUAUUAGUGAAGUUCGACAGCAGUUAUAAGUUCUUCAACCAGCCUCGUAACUUGUUAACAACUUACUUAACAACUUUUGAUUGAGAGUAAGAAUAAUUUAAGAUAGAGAGUGUGCUAGCAAGUGGGAGUUUAAAAGCUUGCCUGCCUAUUAAAAACAUGUACGACUGCCUACUGAUCAUGCAGUUUGUACAACACACACACAGUCGCUAACACUUUAAGAAAUAUUUGGGGGGGGGGGGCUCGUGCCGAAGGCACGGAAAAGUUUUAAAAUUUGGAUCCCAGAAAUGGCAUUUGCAGCAUUCUGAGAACACAUUUUUUAAAAAUCUAGGUUUUCAAAACACUGUUUUAAUGGUGCAUUCAGUUAUAAAUCACGUGCGUGUGUAAAUAAUAUUCUAUAAUUUGUUAUGAGUAAUAAACUGUUAUUGUUGUUGUUUAGAAAACCAUCAUUUCAGAGAAAAUAUUUACAUGAUUAUUAACAUUUGUAAAUGGAAUUGCGUAUGAGAGAAACAUAUGAGAAGCGUAUGAAAAUUAAUGAAAUAAUUUUCAUACGCACAAAAAUCCUUUGAAAUGCCAGCGUAUGAGUACCGUACAUCUGGCGUACCUCUAGCGUAUUCGGCGUGUGCCUAGAGUAUGCUUAUCGUAUAAAGCAUACGUCCGAUACGCACAAAAUUUUUGAACAUGCUUAAAAAAAAUUUUCGGCUUCGCCGUAUGCCACCGUAUGCGACCGUACUUGAAACGUAUACAACCUAUGCCUAACGUACCCCUGGCGUAUGUCUGCGUAUACCGGCGUAUGAGUGAUAUUUUUCAUACGCUGGCAUACGCUAGUACGAUACGCAACAGUGUGACAGGGCCUUAAGGUGGUUUAAUUUAAUUAACACGCCAAUGACGAUGCAAAAAUUUAUUCGUUAUGUGAGUGAAAUUUAUUCGCUGCGCACGCUUUUGUUUCGUUAACAUAAAACCACAAAUUGGAAUGUUAAUUGAAUUAUCCGUUGUUUUUGAGCAUAAUAGUUUAAUACGCAUUCAAAUAUUAUUGUGCAGCAGAAAAUUUCGCCACUAAACAAUAAUAUAAGCUUCAAAAACAACAAAAAAUCGACAAUGACAUUUAAAGAAGUGCCUGUUGCAAAACGUUGACCCCCUGUAGUAUCCGUCAAAAAGAAUGUAUAAAUUAAAAUUCGUAUGUUGUGACAUGUACAGUACAGAAACAUAUAUUAUUAUAAUAUAGUCAUCCACCGUAUAUGAGCUGUUCUGCAAUCUAAUUGGUUGAAUUACUCGCCGUAUAUCAGCUCAUAUACGGCUAGUAGCAAAAAAAAAAAGGAUGGCGGUCCAAAAACUACAUCAGUUUUGCGAAGCAGAAAAAAGGAAAAUAUUCGCUUUGAGAAAGAUAAUAGUACAAGGAAAAACUCUCAAAAAAAUUUGACAGGUUAGCAAAAUACAUUUAUUACAUAGAAAUUAGUUUAAAUACAAGUUUUUUAAAUAAUUAAUACCGAAACAACAGCGAAAAAAACAUGUUCAUUGAGAAUAUAAAUUGUUCAGAAAAGUUUGCAACGAAAGACAAAUGAAUUUGCAGUCAACAAGCACUUACUAUACAACCAAACAUCUGUAUAAUAUAUCUGAGCUUUUCUGUGAGAUAUACCGGUUCUAAAACCAUUUCUUUCACUUUGUCUUCGAGUUGUAAAACAAAAGUAUUUCAAAUUUUCAAGGCCAAGCGGUUUUUGGCCGAACAAAUUGUCAAGACAUUGUAACAGAGGAUAAUUAAUUAUUGCUUCAGUUAAUGGCUAUUAGACUAUAUUUCAAAUACUCAUUAAUAAUUCAUAAGCUUAUUGGCAAAUCAUGUCAACCAUAAUAUGUCACGUGCAGUGGCUUUAAAUCUGAUAAAACACUCCUAAUUAGUAUUCUUUAUAUAAAGAAUACUAAUAAGGCAGUAUCUAUUGUAGUCGUAUCAUCAUAUGAGUAUUCUUUAUAUAAAGAAUACUAAUAAGGCAGUAUCUAUUGUAGUCGUAUCAUCAUUAGUAUUCUUUAUAUUAAGAAUGCUAAUAAGGCAGUAAAUCUAUUGAAUUUGUAGUCGUGUUUGAAGCCGUUUAAUUAAUAAACUCACAGGUCGAUUUGUAGUCGUGUUUGAAGCCGUUUAAUUAAUAAACUCACAGGUCGUGUUUUAUUAAGUCUAAAGCCACUCGCGCUGCGCGCUCGUGGCUUUAAACCAAAUAAAACACUCCUGCUCGUUUAUUAAACAGUUCAUUAUAAAACAAUUAUACCAUUCGCUCUCGUCGUAUAUGGCUGAUAGUCGACUCGGUGCUACGUACCUCGUCGGCUAUCAGCUCAUAUAGGAUUCGAGCUCAUGGUAUAACUGUUAAGUAUAUUGUUUGGUAUAUUGCUUACUUAUUUAGCUUAAGUUUUAUUAAAAAGUUAUUAUUUAAUAUGACAAUUAACGUUAUAUGAGUGUGAUUUGUGUUAUUUCGUACAAGAUUUUUACAGUCUUUCAAAAUUACUGGCACACACAGUCUUAAAAGAACAACUUUGAACAUUAUAGAAUGUAGCGAACAGGCUUUGUUAUACUCGUGUGUAAAUUUUGCACCUUUAGUUGUUUCCUGCUGAUGCUGUCUUAAACAAAGAUAUACGUUUAAAUAAAAGUCUAGUUUAUGCGCCUAUCAUCAGAGUUUCUGGUCAGACGACUCCAUUCCUCAAAGCAGUUUAUGUUGAGCUCACGUACUCCCACAGCGACGUGGUUAAUAUCGAAGAAGAAUUUGUACCAGUUGGAAAAACAAUUCAUUUCACAACGGAGUAUGGGCUGUUGUUGCGUAGCCACAAGGAAACCGAGUCAAUCACAAAAUGGCUAAAUUUAAAUGAAAGUAACGAUGUUUGUAUUAAGCGAUCAAGAAAGGAUCAGCUUAAGUUCUCCUUUUCGGUGGAACGGUUUUCCGAGUAAGUAAUCACAGAGAAAAUUAUAUAAUACUAAAUAAAAGGCAAUGUUAAUUUUAGGCAUUUGGCGCUUCUUACGGAUUUUUAUUUACAUUGUAUAGAUAUACGUACCCUGAAUACUAUGUUAAGCUAAACAACAAACUGGGGCCGGACUGAACGGUUGGGCAAUCUGGCGCGACCCGAGACCGUGUAUUGAGAACGCGUACUAAGGCAUAUAGUAAGAGGCUUAGGGAUAAGGCUGGGAGUCUCAGAGAAUUUGGAGGGCCUGGAAUGUUGAAAACAGACUCAGACUAUUUCCUUCUGCUUAAAUUUUAACUGGCUUUUGAGCUAUGGUUUCUGGCACACGAUUGGCGUCUUCCCAGUCCGGUCGCCAAUUUGUUAGCGAAAAAUCGUCACGAAACCAUCGAUUUGGUGGUAUGUCAUUUUCUUUCAGAAAAGGAAAUUGAAUGACACACAAUGCCCAUGUCAAAGAUCGUUCUCUAAACUGAAGUAAUAAUUUCUCAAAGCUUUUGAAUGAUAGCUGAAUAACUCCGUAACAAAGUUGUGACAAUAAUUUUUCAAUUUUUGCAUUGCUAUAGAUUAUAAAUUGAGCAUGAAAUUUGCAUUGCGUGAAAUUUGAGGCAAAAAGUCCAAAGAACUAAUAUCUCAAGCUACAAAAGGUCGUCAUAGGUUGGCAACCUAAUUUACUCCCGAGUUACAACCAAACCUUUCACUUUUGUUAUAAAUAAACUUUCAAAACUAUGGAUCAAAGGGAUGUAUCCGGUGUGAUCAUUAACCCACCAUUUGUUUAAUAAACGUUUAGUGUUGAGCCGGUGACGAAGACGAGGGCUGUUAGUUCUGUGCCACCGACAAACAGUCAUAGGAUGGAAGUAAAUAAUCCAGCUUGUCAUUGUGCAAUCGUUUUGGCUGUGCACGACACCGGUAGCAGCCCGACGAAACUUCAGGCUGUGUUGGCGCCUAAGGACGCGUUAGAAGAUGUUAAGCGCAAGUGGAAGGUAGAAAAGGAAAUCCGCAAAUUUGAUGACCCCGUCAAGUCAGGAGAACUGAUAUAUAUAUGUGUUCCACUGUCAGACACCCAUCAUCUGCCCCUGGAGGAUCAUACUUUAAGGUAAAAUAGAAAUUUAAUGAUAUAGCUACUUCGUACUCAGGGUCUUUUCUCUCUCACACUCUGGUGCCAUGCGUUGCGCGGUUGAUGUGGAAAACACCACUUCAAACAUUAUUGUUUAUUUAUUUUGCAAAGCUUGCGAUACCGGAUAAUAGAAUUAUCCAGCAGGAGCUAUCAUUCCUUGCAGCCAAGAGCUGAAUUAUGAAAGAUGCAGCUCAAAUGUUGCCGAGUCGAAAGCUUAUUAUAGGCUGACUGCCCUCAUACGAACAAUGUCUGAUAACGGAGUACAGACAAAGAUGGAGAAUUGUGAAAGCAGCACAAAAAUCGUAUAAGCAUGAGUUAUCAAACACAAAGGACCCAAACUAAGUAGGGCCUGUUGGUAUGUAAUUGAGUGAGUGCUUAUAUGAUCCCAUGACUUAUAUCCCGGCAACUACUGUGUAUGUAAUCAUAUAAACACACUAUCUCGGUUAGGUGGGAUGAACCGUUGCCUACGUUGCCUACUGAGCGCGGGUAAAUGUCUUUUUAUGAAAAAUGUUUUGUUCAUUAAAGCAUGCCGUCUCUCCAGACGAGUUUCCCGGCUAAGCGGAAUAGAAACCUCCCGUCCAGCCUGGUUGAGUAUCAUAAAAAGGCCCUAUAACUACCUACUAGUGCUUUCGAAUUGUGAAUAGGUUAAGAUUGACGUUUACGGCAGACUGCUAACUGCAAAUGCCAAACUUCAAAUCGCAUUUGAAGGUAAGUUCUGCAGGUUUUCGAAGGUUUCGCCCGUUUUUAGCUUAAUCAUACUUCAAUUUUAGCGCACAAAUUGUUCUAAUUUUCAACAGCUAACAGGUGGCCUCAAAAUAUGACUUCAAGUUUGCCGUUUCCGGUUAGCGGUCUGCCGUAAACGUCAAUCUUAUAAUCUCUCAAUUAUUCUUUAUAGAUUUAAUUCAGAUCCUGAGAUAGAGUCGGUACUGGACAACAACACAGAUGAUGAUAUUGAUUUGAGAGGCAAAUACAUGCGUUUCUUAAAGGAUAGAGAGUGCAUUAAUGGCGAAAAUCAUAAUACAGAAGGAGAUUGUCGUGCGAAGGCACCGGUCCAUAUUGCUGAAACCAGAUCAGUUCAGGUAGCUCGACGUACUGCAGAUUUUGAAUCUAACGAUUUCAUACAUUUCGUUACUAUAAAUUCUCCUCCUCCAAUGAGUCCUCCUUACUAAAAGUCUCCUUUUUUGUUGGAAGAAAUUUUUAUUAAGCUCCCUCCCUCCACUAACUGGGAAACUUACGUGUAUUGAUUAGAUUUAUCAAUUUGACUAGAAGUUCACUAUUAGAUUGAACAGUUCACAUUGACCUGUUCGGUUAUUUGUUGUGCUUCAAUAUUUAAUUUUUUUAUUUGUUCUGUAGGUGAACAAUGACAAUGAACCUGUUAAUGAAACUUCGUCCACAAUCGCACCAAAGCCAGGUAAAGAAAGCACUGUUCAGAGAUGUAACACAUUACCAGAUAUAAUGUUUGUUUCUGGGAAUUUUCGGUCCCUGAACAUUCCCGAAUAAUAUGUUUCAGAUCUUCUUUAAGCUACACAACUAAGAAUUGUUAAUUACCGUAAUAUGUUUUUAAUGUUGGAAUCAAUAGAAUACUAUAUUUCGAGAACAAAUGUUAUAUUUUAUUACAGAAGUUGGCGUUUCAUCUGCCCAAGGAGUCGCUCACAACGGUCCUCUAACUUCUCAAACCAAGGUAACUUACCUUGUGUUAUAUAACCCCGUGCUAAUCUCUUAAGCUAGUCGAGCUUUCGCAUUGAAUUCAAAAGGAUAUACUAGUGCUGAGCACUCUCCGACAUUUCGCGAAGCAAAACACAUUUAAAAUGAUGAUGUUUUUUCGACUUGUUUUUAUAUAUUCAGGACAUCAGAGACAAUAAAAGAUUAUGCAAAGAAUUCGAAAAGGAGAUUGAAAACAUAUUCCCAAAAAAAUUGGGGAUUAACAAGGACCAGAUACAAAAUCCCGACGUCGGGGCAACCGCAAUGGCAGUAGACGACGCAGGAACGGUGACAUCUGUUCUCCUUGGCCUCUGUGUCGGAGCAACAAUAGCAUUAAGUAUCGGAAGUUUUGGUAUUGGUUCCAUUGUUGCAUCGACUAUAGCUGGUGCGACCUUCACUUUCACGAAAGUUGAUGAAAAAAUGAAGAAAUCAAAGGCCAAAAAACUGGAUAAAAAAGUGGAAAUCUACAUCCAUUCUCAUCUAAACUGCAUCAUCAUGGAUGUUGCCAAGGAAUUAUCUUGCAUGUUCGAGUACCAAGUAGUUGAAUUGAAAGAUAGAACGCAAAUUAAUAUUUUGGCACAAUGUGCUGUCGAUUUGAUGAUGUCAGAGUGGACGAGAGACGAUAUAUUUGACAGAAACACUUUAAUCAAGAAGGUGCUUCAAGAUGGCAAAAUAGCGAAGAAAAGAUUACAAACGAAGAAUGGUGAUAAGUGGUCUGCUCCAGAUGUGUUUCGAAAGUGUGGUUUGCAACAAACGAUUGUCGAAACGGAUCGCACGGAAUUUAUGUACAAGGUUAAACCAAAUGAUGCCUGUGACAUAAAGAAAUAUGGUUAUCGCGGGCAGUUUCUUGAGUUAACGACGUACGUUAGUAGAGAUGAAGAAGAUCGAAAAGUACCAGAGAUCCCUGCCAAGGAUAAAAUCCACACGCCCGUGAAUUCCAACUAUGAACAUUGCACCAGUGGGCAAUACUUCUGUGAAUCUGCUAUCGAUUCUCAAUACAGUGAAUCGCGAGAAGAAAAUCGCCGUUACCGUCCAAUACACAUUUUGGUGCAAUCUCCAAUGGUUUUGAACUCUUUCAUUGGUAGCCAGCUCUCAUUAGCAAAUUUUUUGAGGAAAAAGUUAUGCCUUUUUGAGUAUAAUCUUGUUUAUCCCGUCUAUCGACCACACUCACCAGGGAAAGUUCCUGACCUCCAAAAUUCAGACCUUACUGGAUCAGAUUUCAGCCAUUGCGAUUUCACAAAUUCAUCUCUCGAGGAUUGCGUUUUCGUUAACUGCGUGAUGUUAUUUGCAAAACUGGGUGGGGCAAAGAUGUCUCGUUCAAAAUUUUGUGACACAUUAAUCAGUCACAGUAACUUAGAGAAAGUGAAAGCUGAUCACUGCGAGUGGACGAAAACGUCGCUUCUUUACUCUCGUGUGGAUGAAGCAUACUUCGGCUAUGUCAUACCCAGCAUAGGUGGGAAUUGUUUGGUUGGGACCAAUUUCUGCGACGCCAUCACUGGAAAGGAGAGAAAAUUAAACUGCAACGAAAGUAAGUAUAGAUAAACGGAAAAAUUAAAAAAGCAUGUUCUAGUUGAAAUGCAGAAAUGAAGACCAAGUUUCCCGUCCGAACAGUUUCUUCCAGCAAACUGCGAGCAUUUGAAACUUGAAGUUUUAAAAUGACAUCUCAUUUAUCAUAGCUAAUAUUUUGAAGAAUAAGAAGCCUUCUUUAGCUUUUAAAAAAAGUUUUAAGAAAGUUUUAAAAAGUUAGAUUUUCAAAAAAGUUUAAAAAGUUUAAAAAGUUAGUGGGUAGUGAUUAGUUAGGGUUGGGGUUGGGGUUAGUGUUAGGUGCCGCAAUUUAUUAUUAUGAUAAAUUCAAAAUGUUCACAUGCAUUCCGAUGUAUUAUACUAUUUCUUGAUACAUUUUCCACCCUCCUUCCCCCCACCCGUUUCAAUGUUGGCGUCUUCCAAGCAGACAUCAGAUUUUUAUCGACUCCUUCAUUGAACUGGGGGAACAGGUGGCGCUACGCUUUUCAAAUUGGGUAAAAUCACAGCACAUGUCCCAUAGUUUUUGCCAAAGAUUGUAGAUUUCAGCUAUUCCUAUGUUACAAAUUCAUUUCUCAAACAAUGGGAUUUCACCGUGGGUAUCGUGUUGUUUACAGAAGUUGGUCACUGCGAAGAAGCGAGUACGUCCAAUUCUUGCGAUGAUGAUGAAAUUGAACUGCAAGAAAAGAUGAGGAAAUUGAAUUGCUGCGAAAGUAAGCGUAAACAAAAAGAGAUUUUAAAAAUUGAUGAUUUUAAAUCUUGA